GCCGAUUUAAAGCUGGCUGUGGGCGGAGUAGAGGAAGACUUCUUAGUGGAAGCUCACGCAGCCGGACACAAGAUCGAAAUGGCGGCGCCAGCAGAGAGGAUGGAGGUUUCUCAGGGGGAGAGCUCAGCCAAGCCUGCAGCUGAAGAUAUGACGUCAAAGGACUACUACUUCGACUCAUACGCCCACUUUGGCAUUCAUGAGGAGAUGUUGAAAGAUGAGGUUCGCACCCUGACCUACCGCAAUUCCAUGUUCCACAACAAGCAUCUGUUUAAGGAUAAGGUGGUACUGGAUGUGGGCAGUGGGACAGGAAUCCUUUGCAUGUUUGCUGCCAAAGCUGGAGCCAAGAAGGUUAUAGGGAUUGAGUGCAGCAGCAUCUCGGACUAUGCUGUCAAAAUUGUCAAGGCCAACAAGCUGGAUGAUGUUGUGACCAUCAUCAAGGGGAAGGUGGAGGAGGUGGACCUGCCAGUGGAGGGAGUAGACAUCAUCAUAUCAGAGUGGAUGGGUUACUGCCUCUUCUAUGAGUCCAUGCUCAAUACGGUCAUUUAUGCCAGGGACAAAUGGCUGAAGCCAGAUGGACUCAUUUUCCCAGACAGGGCAACCCUUUACGUCACUGCCAUCGAAGACAGGCAGUACAAGGACUACAAAAUCCACUGGUGGGAGAACGUGUAUGGCUUUGAUAUGUCAUGCAUAAAGGAGGUUGCAAUUAAGGAACCCCUGGUGGACGUGGUGGACCCUAAGCAGCUGGUCAGCAGCGCCUGUCUCAUCAAGGAGGUGGACAUCUACACAGUGAAGGCAGAAGACCUGACCUUCACUUCACCGUUCUGCCUGCAGGUGAAGAGGAAUGACUACAUCCACGCUCUGGUCACCUACUUCAACAUUGAGUUCACCCGCUGUCACAAGAGGACCGGCUUCUCCACCAGCCCAGAAUCUCCCUACACCCACUGGAAGCAGACGGUCUUCUACUUGGAUGAUUACCUGACUGUCAAGACUGGUGAGGAGAUCUUCGGCACCAUCAGCAUGAAGCCAAACGUGAAGAACAAUAGAGACCUGGACUUCACCGUAGACAUUGACUUCAAGGGUCAGCUGUGUGAGAUGUCGAAGACAUCAGAGUACAGGAUGCGUUAGAGGCCUCUCUCCCUUCCUGUGUUAGUUUGUCUUUAGUAGGGGACAGAUUAUACAGUUUGCCUGGGAGUCUGUACAAAAGUUAAAUACUCCCCCGCAGCAACAUUUUAAAGUCAUCUUCUUUUUUUUUUUGUCAUUCUUCAAAUGUUAACAGUAUUUAAAAGAUUUUCACAUCCUUGAA